GUUACAAUCAUAUCUAUAUGUUGUCUCCAUGUUAGCUUUCUAUCCAGUACUACUCCUAAAAAUAGAUGUUCGUCCUUUUGUCAUGUUUGUGAUAAGGGGACCUCAUCUAAUUCAAUCUGUACACAUUUGUUAGUGUUACUAAAAAGCAAAGUAACAGAUUUUUCUUUAGAAAGGGUAAAACCCCAUCUGUCGAACCACUCAUUCAGGAUAUUCACAUAGGAUUAUACUUUUCUUUUUAGAAAAUCAAUGUUUUUUCCACUUUUCCAUAUUACACAGUCGUCUGCGUAUACAGAAAUAUUGACAGAUUCGUCCAUUGGUAUGUCCGACAACAUUAAAUUGAAAAGGACUGGACUUAGGGAACUACUCUGGGGUAGCCCUUCCUCUAUGUCCUGUAUAACUGAGAGGUACUUAUUUGCCCGGACCUGGAAAGAGCGCCCACUUAAAUAGUUCCAUAUGAACUGAACUAUGUUGCCUUGGAAACCAAGUUUAUUCAGUUUAUAAAUCAAGCCUUCCUUCCAUAGUCUAUCAUAAGCCUUCUCCAUGUCAAAGAAAACGGCCAGGGUAUGUUCUUUAUUCCCAAUACGUUUUUUAAUGUCAUUUUCAAGUUGGGUUAUAUUGUCUUUUGUGCUUCUUGCCUUUCUAAAAGCACUGUGGCAAGUUGGUAAUAAAUUAUGUUUUUCCGUAAACCAUACCAUUCUUUCUUUGAUGAUUUUCUCAACUGUUAAGAGCGAUAGGCCUGUAGGAAGAAACGUCUGUAGCUUCCUUGUGUGGUUUCAAUAUUGGGACUAUGACGCAAUGCUUACAUUGGUGGGAACAAUUCCUGUUUCCCAUAUGUUAUUAAUUAUAGUUAACAUUAUCACUCUCCCUUUGUGUGAGAGAUUUUUAUAUACUUCAUACCCAACGCCAUCUUUGCCUGGAGAAGACUUUUUACAUUUUUUAAAUGAUAUUCUCAAUUCAUACAUCGUAAAGGGUUCAUUAAUGACACUACUACCCUUAGCAUCACCAACUAAUGAUAUGAUGUCCUCACAUUUUUUAACAAUAUCUUUUUGUUCAUGGGUAAAAUCCUUGCCCUUAAAACUAUCGUUUAUGUUUUUAAAAUGACUGGCAAAAGUAUCCGCAACGUCAUUGCCAGUAAUAUCAGAACUAUAUUCUCUCAUGAGAACAAAGCUUUUCCUGGGCGAAAUACCAUCAUUAUUGAUCCUUUUAAUCAUAUUCCAGAUCUCGGAUAAAGGGGUAAAACGAUCAAUGUCUUGACAGUACUUUUCCCAGUAAACUCUCUUGGCUUGCCUUAAAGUUUUCUGGGCAAUAGAUCUUUUCUUCUUAAAAUCCUCCAAUAAAUCUGGAGAGGGUAUUCGUAACUUUUCAAUUUGCCCCUUGCUCUAUUUCUCUCCUUUAUUCUAGAGGAACAUUCUUUAUUCCACCAUGGUACAGGGUUUUUCUUAAUGUUCUUGGUAGCUCGAUGUCCUUUCAAAUUUUCCAGGGUAAUCUUAAUUGAUUCCAUGAAAGUAUCGAACUCUAUGACCUUGCCUCCAUUCUGUAAGGUAUUCCAUUGCUCAUCUGUUUGCCGCCUAAAUUCAUCCCAAUGUACAUUCUUUGUGGAUAACAUUGAACUGAUAGACUGGGAGUGAUCGAUCUUUGCUUGCGUACCAUUCCCUUUCAGUAUGUUCAACUGGCUUAACAAUGGAUAAUGGUCACUUCCAAAACUGUUGUUCAGGACUUGCCACGUUGUUUUGUUCGAUGUACAUGGAGGGGCUAGUGUUAGAUCCAAACAAGAACAGUUACCCGUGUGGUAGUCUACUCUAGUGGCACUUCCAUCAUUUAAGACAACAAGAUUUCUCUCGUUUGCAAAUUCUUCCACUACUUUACCAUUUGCAUCUGUUUUUUUACUGCCCCAUAAUGUGUUAUGGGCAUUAAAGUCUCCCAAUAUUAUAAGUUUUUCCCCCUCACCUUUCUAAAGAGUUCAUUCAGCGAAUCUGUGCUAAGUUUGCUGCACGGGUUGUAGAAAUUAACUACAUUUAAAACCUCAUCAUCCAAUAAAAUUUAUAAUGAUAUGAUCUCCAGAUCAUCGUGUUUAAAAACACUUUUGUAGUUUAGUGAGGAAUGGACGUAUAUAGCGCAGCCCCCCCCCCCCCGGACCAUCCUUUUCUAUUCCUAUAUUCACAUACGUAAUCUGGUAUCUGCAUGACCCUCCCCUCUUCUAACCAAGUUUCUUGUACACAAAUAAUUUCUAAGGGUCUUUUUUGUUGAUUCAAAAAUCUAAUUAACUCAUCCCUGUGACAUUCAAGACCCUGUGCAUUCCACUGGAGAAUGCUGAAUGCCACGAGGGUGAUCAGGCUAGUAGAAUAGGUUGCGAAUUGACUGUAAAUCAACGUCUGUGGGAUGUAAACCCAGAGUAUCUUUCAAAAUAUGCGUUAUUUCAUCAAAUGGAUUACAGUCAGGCUUUGUUACUAUUCUGAUUAGUCUAAUAAAGAAAAAAAAAGUGUGAUGUCUGAAGCACCUUUCAGUAUAGGUACUGACAUUGAUAUUUAUACGCGAUCGUUUCAUUCUUACAAAUAAAACAGUGAGAAUAAUAUAAGCAUUUUCUGAAAACCUAAAAAGAAAUCUAAAAUUUUCUGCUAAAUGACUAUUUAAUGUUGCUCUUUCUUUGAUUCAACAAAAGAAUAAAAUAGUUAGAACACCCUUAUCCAAAACAAUUUCAAACACUAAUAGAUAUGACAGUUAUUAAAAAAAACCAGCAUUUACUUGCUCUAAUGAAUAUUCAUGCAUUAUUUAAAUAUAAGUUAAUUGAAAAAUAUAAGUACAUUCAACAUGAUUUUAUAAGUAAUAAUCAUCUUUGCCUAAUUGAGUUAGAUUUACUCAAUCAAAGCAAGCUAUCAAUACGUGAAUUUUCUUAAAUGUAUAUUGAACCCAAAUAAAUCAAGUUAAUCAAGUAAAUUAAAAGACAAGUUAAAACUACUUAAAAAAAUACGAAAAAUAAUUACAAAUUGUAAAUUCUACCUAAAUACAUUAAGUGUUAACUACUGAUUCAGAAUUUUUUUUUACAGUGAAGCAUGUAACAAAAACAUAUCCAAAUGAACACAGAAAUAUAACAUAAUGCAAACGUAUAUGGGAGGGAACAUUGUUGAGUAUAUUCACAUCAUAAUAUGCUAAAAAAAUGUUUUCUACUAUGAAUAUAUGUAGAUAUAGAUUGGGUAUACCGAGAUCACGACCAACAUCAUCAAAACUGCUCGAUGCAAUGGAAUUAGAGAAGAGCGACAUGGAUCCCCCCCCCCCCCCCGCUAUGAACACUAAUACAACUCCACAGAGUAUAUCAAAUAUUCACACGAAUAAUAUGAUGGGAAUGGUUGCAUCGCAAUAUGCUCCAUACAGUGCUGCUAUUGAUCAUUGUCACUCAUGGGUUUGUGAAAUGGCCCCUAUACCACUUUGAUAUCAUAGAGAAGGAUACAGUAUUUCAUAACUGUGAUACAAUCAACAUGACAUCACGUACGUCUGCGGCGUGUAUAACGAUAUUUCUCUCCGUUGCGGAUCAGUCUGUGGCGGUGAGCGUCGAGACGCCAUGCAAUGUUGGUUGUGUGGUAAACGAAUAUACUGCCGUGAAACCCACUUUGGUUAACUAGCGGAUUGUAAGUGAAAACACAAUGGCUUCCGGAUGUGCUCUUCAUAUCUACAGUUGAUGCCAUCAUUCAGUGUGAUGUACGAACUUGAUUUGUCUAUACAUAUCCCGGAUACAUAAUCUAUAUGCAGAAUGGUGAAUAACAUAGUCGGCUACUCGAAUGUGUGAACGUGAAUGGGUUCAUGUUUAGAAUAAUCUAUGGUGAUUGUACCUUCUUCAUUAGCACCGAGUCAUGGGGAUAAAGAAGGCACUGAUCGUUGGAUUAUCAUUAACUCUUAUAUUGGUUAUAUGCCUUUGUAUUGCUUUCGCCGAGAAUCGUCAGUAUAUCCGACAAGUUUCAUCAAUUAUUCCAAACAUCAACAUUGUGAGGAAAGCCUUCCGCAUAGAAAGCAAGCCACUUAAAAAUGGAGGCGAGGGUUCUUUACCAAUGAAAGAGGCAACAAGGAAUUUGAGCCACAGUGAGACUGCUUGUUACCGUCAAGUACAGGUGUGGGACGGCAGCAAACUAGCCCAAACACCGAGAAAAUCUCAAUGUCCUGGCCUCAAAUGUGGAAUAAGCUUUGUCAAGGAUAGAAGUUACGUGACUAUGAUGAAGAGCGAUGCCGUAGUUUUCUUUCAUUUAUCUCGGUGGAGUUGGGCAGAGAUGCUCAACAGACGGCCAUUGAAUCAAGCCUGGGUUUUCUAUUCCUUGGAGACUCCUCCAUUGACUGGUAGAAAUGCAUUGCCACCAAGAAUACUAGACCAUAUUUUCAACUAUACGAUGUCAUACAGGCCGUCUUCAACGAUUCACUGUCCUUAUGGUAUGUAUGACGACACCCUGCCACAAAUACCUCAGGACCAAAAUAAAAAUUGGGCCGAAGGGAAAACUAGAUUAGUGGCAUGGGCUUCAUCCAAAUGCUUUCUACACGGUGGGGUUCAAUCUUGGAGGCGCAGAAACUUUGUAAAAACACUUGCAAAGCACGUAAGUGUCGAUAUGUAUGGCGAAUGUGGGGACCAAGUUUGCCCUAGAUAUUCACAGGGUUGCUGGACCCAAAUCAAAGCUCACAAGUUUUACCUGGCAUUGGAGAACAACGAAUGCCGAGAAUACAUCACGGAGAAGUUCUGGGUAAACGCCCUCAGUAAUGACAUCGUACCCAUCGUCUAUGGACCCCCGAGGGAAGAUUACGAGCGAGUUGCGCCACCAAAUUCGUUUAUACAUCUCCAGGACUUCAGGAAUAUGAGUGAACUUGUGGAUUAUAUUAAUCUCCUUGAUGCUAAUGAUACCUUGUACAAUCAGUAUUUUGAAUGGAAGAAACGGGGCUCAGUAAAGUUUGUUGGAGAACACAAAAUCCUGCAAGCGCAGUUCAUGUGUAAAGUAGUCUCUAAAUUGUUGGAUGGCGAAAAUAUGUUAAAUGGUGAUUACCAUGCACCAAGAGAAGUGAAUCCUUCAAUACAUGACUAUUGGUCAACUUCAUGUCUCAAACCAAAAGGAUUUCCUCAUGAUAUAUAGAAAGAUGUCAAUACUAAAGUGAGUUUUUUUUCUUCUACAACUGGCAAUUACUACAAAAUUGGUAAUAGAAAUACAAAAGAAAUUUAAUUUUGUCCUGAGUACCCUUUACGUAGUAUACAACACUGAAAUUGAUUUUAAAUCAAUUGAAUUUGACAACAAUCAGGUGGAUCAAUGUUUUUGUCGUUUAUUAUUCAAUAAGCAAACAUUGAUAAUGGAGGCUGCAUAUAUGAAUCAGUGGGGUAUCCAAAACCGGAGUAUGAGAAAAAAAAGUGUAGGAGAUGGGAAAAUCUACAUAAUCGACUUUCAAAGAAACCUCGCAUACAACUGACCGAAGUCUUUCUUUUUACAGGGCUUUAUUUGUUAACACCCUCUUCACAGAUUUAUCUAAUUGUAUACUUUUUAUGUUUAAAAUGUUUUUGUGUUUGUUUGUUUUAUUUCCGUAUAUAAAAUAACAAAUACAAAGUACAUAUAAUACAUAAAAAUACAUAUAACAUGAAAUGAUAAGGUCAAGGUUAAAAUACAGUAAUAAAUGGUAAGGAAGAAAGUAAAUUAUACGGCUGGUAGCGCCAAUUUUCUUGCAAAAAGGCUAUAAUGUAUAGGUAUUUGACCAUCAAGCAUAAAAGUAAAAAUCCCAUAACCUACACCUACCCCCCUCCCCCGGUACAAAUAGGUGAUUUAAUUUUAAUUAGCAGAAAUAUAUCUAAAAAUGUAUUUUUCAAAGAAUUGAAAGUGGUGACAUUACACACGUACUAAGGGAUUCUGUUAAAUUCAGAGACUGCUCGGUAGGAGAACGAUCUUUUACAACUAUUGGUUCUAGGUCUGGGCAAACAUAUAUUAUUUUCAUUUCUAAGAGGGUAAUGAGUACUAGAGUAGCUUUUAAAUAAAACAUAUUUUUCAUA